UCCCCCUGACCAGCUUGGGGUGGUUCAAGCUGAUUCCUUUCCUCUAUUAGCAUCAGUGGUGGGUGUGUGCCGGUCACCUCGCUCCGGUUUUGCAGGGUAUAAAGCCGGCAAGCCCCUCUCCACCCUGUCCCCACCUGGCCGGCUCCUGGGCAGGGGCCAUGGCCGAGCUGCCCAUCCCAGAUCUGCCCCCCGCCCGCUGCAGCGGCCGCUUCACCAUCAGCACCCUCCUGGGCAUGGAGGAGGGGGGCCGGGGUCCCUACACGCCCACCGAGGGCUCCAGCUGUGACAGCGCCCAGCCCACCCAGCUGUCCAGCAGCACCCUCUGCAGCAGGACCUUUGGCUACAACACGGUGGAUGUGGUGCCAGCCUACGAGCACUACGCCAACAGCAAGGGGGUGGGCGACCCCCGGAAGGGCAGGCCCUCGCUGGCUGACCUGCACUCCAUCCUCAAGCCUGACCCGGGCUGCCUUCGCACACCAGUGUCUGAGCUGCAGCAGAGCAAUGGCCUGCCAGAGGCUGGGCUGGAGGCCGGGCUGGAGGAGGCAGAAGGGGAGCCAGGCAGAGACUCCGUGCCAGAACCUGUCCGCUUUGGAUGGGUGAAGGGCGUCAUGGUUCGCUGCAUGCUGAACAUUUGGGGAGUUAUCCUGUACUUGCGCUUGCCCUGGAUCACCGCCCAGGCAGGAAUCGCCUUGACGUGGGUCAUCAUCCUCAUGUCCGUGACAGUGACCACCAUAACCGGCUUGUCCAUCUCUGCCAUAUCCACCAAUGGCAAAGUGAAGUCAGGAGGCACCUACUUCCUCAUCUCGCGGAGCCUGGGGCCGGAGCUGGGCGGCUCCAUCGGGCUGAUCUUUGCCUUUGCAAACGCGGUGGCCGUGGCCAUGCACACCGUGGGCUUUGCUGAAACUGUCCGGGACCUGCUGCAGGAGCACAAUUCCCUCAUCGUGGACCCUACCAAUGACAUCCGAAUCAUUGGGGUCAUCACUGUGACGGUGCUGCUGGGCAUCUCCCUGGCUGGCAUGGAAUGGGAGGCCAAGGCACAGAUACUGUUCUUCCUGGUCAUCCUGGUUUCCUUCAUUAACUACCUGGUGGGGACAGUGAUUCCAGCCACUGCUGAGAAACAAGCAAAGGGCUUCUUCAGCUACCGAGCUGAUAUCUUUGCUCAGAAUUUUGUGCCCAACUGGCGUGGACCUGAGGGCUCCUUCUUUGGCUUGUUUUCCAUUUUCUUCCCAUCAGCAACGGGCAUCCUGGCUGGGGCCAACAUUUCGGGUGACCUGAAGGAUCCUGCUGUGGCUAUUCCCAAGGGCACCUUGAUGGCCAUCUUCUGGACCACUCUGUCCUACCUGGUGCUUUCUGCUACCAUUGGUGCGUGUGUGGUCCGAGAUGCCUCAGGCAGCCUGAACGACAGCGUGGCCGUGGGCUCGCCGGGCUGUGAGGGACUGGCCUGCAGCUUCGGCUGGAACUUCACUGCCUGCACCCAGCAGCACAGCUGCCGCUACGGGCUCAGCAACUACUACCAGAGCAUGAGCAUGGUGUCUGGAUUUGGCCCCCUCAUUACAGCAGGGAUCUUUGGUGCUACCCUCUCCUCGGCAUUGGCCUCUCUUGUCUCAGCCCCCAAAGUCUUCCAGUGUCUCUGCAAGGACCAGCUCUAUCCUCUCAUCGGCUUCUUCGGGAAGGGCUAUGGGAAGAACAGCGAGCCCAUCCGUGGCUACAUGCUCACCUAUGUCAUUGCCAUUGGCUUUAUCCUCAUCGCUGAGCUCAAUGCCAUCGCCCCCAUCAUCUCCAACUUCUUCCUCUGCUCCUACGCCCUCAUCAACUUCAGCUGCUUCCACGCCUCCAUCACCAACUCCCCAGGCUGGCGACCCUCCUUUCGGUAUUACAGCAAGUGGGCUGCGCUCUUUGGAGCAGCUGUCUCAGUGGUGAUCAUGUUCCUGCUGACCUGGUGGGCAGCCCUCAUUGCCUUCGGCAUCGUCAUCUUCCUCCUGGGAUAUGUCCUCUACAAAAAGCCGGAUGUCAACUGGGGCUCCUCCAUGCAAGCCAGUUCCUACAAUAUGGCCCUCAACUACUCAGUGGGGCUGAGCGAAGUGGAUGAGCACAUCAAGAACUACAGACCGCAGUGCCUGGUGCUGACUGGUCCACCCAACUUCCGCCCAGCACUGGUGGAUUUUGUGGGGACCUUCACCAAGAACCUCAGCCUGAUGCUUUGUGGCAACGUGCUGAUUGGACCACGGAAGCAGAAGAUGCCAGAGUCCCGGCUGAUGGCAGAUGGCCACUCUAAGUGGCUGAUGAAGAGGAAGAUCAAGGCUUUCUACACUGAUGUGGUGGCUGAGGAUUUGAGAAGUGGUGUCCAAAUGCUCAUCCAGGCUGCUGGCCUUGGGAAGAUGAGACCUAACAUCUUAGUGCUGGGCUACAAGAGGGACUGGCGGACGGCAUCUCCACAGAGCCUGGAGGACUACGUGGGCAUCCUGCACGAUGCUUUCGAUUUCAAGUACGGUGUGUGCUUGAUGCGGAUGAAGGAAGGGCUGAACGUUUCCCGAGUGCUGCAGGCACAUGUUAACCCCACGUUCGAGGCAGCAGAGCACCCCAAGAAUGGCACUGGCAGCAAAGCUGCCCCAGGCACAGUGGACCCCACCACCUUGGCCAGUGAGCAGCAGGCAAGCACCAUCUUCCAGAGCGAGCAGGGCAAGAAGACCAUUGACAUUUACUGGCUCUUUGAUGACGGAGGUCUCACGCUGCUCAUCCCCUAUCUCCUGGGGCGCAAGAAGCGGUGGGGAAAGUGCAAAAUCCGGGUGUUUGUCGGCGGGCAGAUCAACAGGAUGGACGAGGAGAGGAAGGCGAUUGUGUCUCUGCUGAGCAAGUUCCGCCUCGGCUUCCAUGAGGUCCACAUCCUCCCUGACAUCAACCAGAAACCCCGGCCAGAGCACAUCAAGAGGUUUGAUGAACUCAUCGCUCCCUUCAGGCUGAACGAUGGCUUCAAAGACGAGGCCACAGUGAAUGAGAUGAGACAGGGCUGUCCCUGGAAGAUCUCUGAUGAGGAGGUCGAUAAAAACAGAGCCAAGUCGCUCCGACAAGUGAGGCUGAAUGAGAUUUUGCUGGAUUACUCACGAGAUGCAGCACUCAUAGCCAUCACCCCGCCCAUCGGCAGGAAGGGACGCUGCCCCAGCUCCCUCUACAUGGCCUGGCUCGAGACCCUCUCGCAGGACCUGAGACCCCCCAUCAUUCUCACACGAGGAAACCAAGAGAAUGUGUUGACCUUUUACUGCCAAUAAAACCUCCUGGAUCCCUGAUGACUUGGCAUGUGAGUUUUUCAAGCCGGUUUUGAUCCUGGAGUACGCUCAUCUGGGAGUCUGGGGGAAGCAGUGAAGGCAUGGUGGUUACCAGCCCUCUGGAAAUGCCCACCAGGCACUGCUGCCACCCUCUUACAAAUACUUGUUUGGCCUGUAGGCUGUGUACGUUGUACAUCAAUAAACAGCAAUGCCAGC